AGCAGCAAAAAAAGCUCGAAAAGCCAAAACACCUCUGAUAAAUCAUAUUAUUUAUUUGCUUUAUCAAAAAGAACCCCAAUCAAUGGCGCCCGAUUCCAAGUCGAGCAACGAUCUUUGAAUUCACAAUUCUCUCCAGUCUAUCUGUUACAAACGUGGAUCCCUUCAGCUACUCGACCAGAGAAAACUCCCUUUGGAAACAGUGUACUUAGAUAUUCAAGAUGCUACAGAUGGAUGGAAUGCAAUCCGGGAUAUGGUGGUUCGUGGGGCGCCUGCUAUCGCCAUUGCAGCAGCUCUUUCCCUUGCUGUAGAAGUGGCCAACUUUAAGGACUUUAAUGGGACAUCUGAGGAAGCUGCUUCUUUCAUUGAAUUGAAAUUGGAAUAUCUUGUCUCAAGUCGACCAACAGCUGUGAAUCUUUCUGAUGCUGCUAAAAAGCUUAUAGAAAUUACAUCAAAUGCUGCUUCUACUACUAUAAUGCCUGAGAGUGUUUUCCAGGCUUAUAUAGAGGCUGCUGAAAUAAUGCUUGAUGAUGAUGUUGCUUCAAAUAAAGCAAUUGGGUCUUAUGGGUCAAGAUUUCUCCAGGACCAACGGAAAAUCGUGCCGAGAUUUUCCGUUUUGACGCACUGCAACACUGGAAGUCUUGCAACAGCUGGAUACGGUACUGCCCUCGGUGUCAUCCGUGCACUUCAUGCUGAGGGAGUUCUGGAAAGAGCAUAUUGUACGGAAACCCGACCCUUCAAUCAGGGAUCCUGGCUUACGGCUUUCGAGCUGGUACAUGACAAAAUACCCGCUACUCUGAUAGCAGAUUCCGCUGCAGCUGCAUUAAUGAAAGAAAGUCGUCUGAGUGCUGUUAUUGUUGGAGCAGAUCCUGUAGCAGCAAACGGUGAUACUGCUAACAAAAUUCGAACCUAUAGCCUUGCCGUAUGUGCAAUGCAUCAUCACAUCCCGUUUUACAUUGCUGCAUCACUUUCUUCCAUCGACUUAUCUCUUUCCUCCGGAGAAGAAAUUGUCAUCGAGGAAAGAUCCUCAAAGGAGUUAUUGCAUUCACGGGGAGGACUUGGUGAGCAAGUUGCUGCAUCCGGGAUCUUGGUUUGGAACCCUGCUUUUGAUGUAACCCCUGCCUAUCUAAUAACUGGUAUCGUAACAGAAAAGGGUGUCAUUACUAAGAACAAUGAUGCUUUCAACAUUAAAGAUUUUGUGGAGAAGGCAGCCGGCAAGUCUACCGCGUGAAGUCGAAAAACUCUGCUCGAUAUGAAGGAACUCCAUUCACUCAGAAGUCAAGGCAAAUCAACAAAUCAUUUAGUUUCAGCCGAGGUUAGGUCUAAUUAUCGUAACUCACUGAAAUUUGAGAUUUAAUCUCUCUACUUUCAUAUGAUUUGAUCUUUUCUACUUUUAUAAUCUUAGUAGGUCCAGAUUCAUAGCACCAUCAGUUGAUUGGUAACCCUGUCUAUAUGAUUAAAUAACAGUGAAAAAGAAUACCAUGUCAUGUAAAUUAACUCGAGUUCGAACUUUAUUUAACUUCAUUUUACCUAGAAA